AUGGAUGGUAAUACUCAGAAAAAAGCCGGAAAAGAAGGCACCGCCAAACGCCCGCCAACAACUCCGAAUAAGAGUGAGACGAAGAAAGUGAAAACCGGUGAGAUGGACACUGAGCCAGAACUUUCAAACACUUCCCUGCUGAUGGCCAUUCAAGCCUCUCUGCAGUCUCUUAUUGAGCGUUUUGACAAACAAGACAAGAAGCUUGAUGACAUGACUACUAUAAUCAAAGAACACAGUGAGAGCAUUGCUUUCAAUAUGACAGAGAUAGAGGAGUGCAAAAAACAAACGGCCGAGAUGAAAAGUGCAAUGGCAGCGCUAACCCGGGAAAACAAUGAGCUGCGUGAGAGAGUCAAAGGUGUUGAAAGAUACAAGCGCAGGUGGAAUCUCCGAAUUAACGGGCUGAGGGAAAGAGAAGGUGAAAAUGUAAGGCAGGAUGUCAUCAAUCUCUUAUGCCGCAUUUCACCACAACUUGCCCCAAAGAUGGAAGAGGCUGUGGAUACGGUUCAUCGGCUAGGGAGAAAAUUUGACAACAAGCCACGUCAAGUUAUAAUGCAGUUUGUCAAGCGAGUUGACCGGGACCACGUAUGGAGAGCGACAAACAAGCAUAAGAUCUGUGAGGAGCUGAAAAUACACUUCGUGGAGGACAUGAUAAAGGAGGACAAGCUGGCUCGGGAUGCUGUGUGGCCCAUCAUCGCCAAGGCGAGGAAGGAGGGGAAGAAGGCGGGCUUCAAAGGUCCCUACGCGUAUUUGGAAGGGAAACGGGUUACGGCUGCUGAGUGA